GUUCUGUAUUCUGUUUCUGUAUUGUCAAAAUAAAAAUAAAUUGAUCGUGUUUGUUUUGUUGAAACAGAGUUUUUAUUUCCGAAAUCAUUGGAAUAUUCCAAAUACGGUACUUAUUAAAAUCAGGAGUGAAAGUUAAUAACGCAUAAUUACUGUUGUUUGUGUAAAUUAUGAAGUAAAUCAUCAACAAAAUAAUGCGUCGAGGUCACCCUGGAAUUGGCGGAUGGCGUAAUGAGAAUCCGCGACAUUUUAGGCCCAGGAUUGGCGGCAAUCCACAUUUUCGGCCCCCGAGAAACUAUGGAAUACAGGAACCACCAAGAUUCCCGCCACCAUUUGAUAACUCGAGGCCAAUACGAUAUAAUCGCUCUGAUAAGUCUGAUCGAAAACCACCAGAUCAUUCAGAGAGGUAUAGAUAUAGAGAUAAUCAAAAUGCUUAUAAGAGACCACAUCAACAAGGAGAUAGACAGCAGUUGCCAUCCUUGCUGCAAUGGAAACCAAAAGGUGAUGUUCACAGAAACACACCCAAUGAUUCAAGUUAUCAAAAUCAAAUGAAUGAUCGUUUUCAUAUUAAUAACAUGGGUGAUAUAGAUCAUAGACAUAGCCAACAGACAAGAGAUAAUUAUAUACCACCAUUUAUCUCACCAUGGGCUGCAGAUUACCCACAACAACAGUCUGGAAACACUGGCAUCACUUAUAGACAAGACAGAGACUACUCAAAUAAACCAUCAGUUCCAGUGGAGUACACUGGUCAUCGACCUCCUGCAUCUGACCACUAUGGUGGCAAUCCUGCUUCAGUUAUUGAUAGUACUAAUACCUUUAGUCGUUCAGUUGAUGACACAGUUGAUUUAGUAAGAAAAAGAUUGCUCAGUCGCAAUGACCCACAAAAUGCUAGUGAUAACUUUGAGAAUUGUCAGGAUAACACAGCUCUAGAUAGUCAAAAUUUAGAAAAAAGAAGUACCUUUCAAAAUACUCAAAACAAUCCACCUAUCAAGAAAAAAUAUCAAUCAAAAUAUCAGAAUCAUAUGGGUAGACCAAAUUGUGCAAAAAUAAAAGACAAAAUUGUCCAUCAAUUAUUUAAAAUGGACAAAGAGAAAAUUCAUAAACUUAUGGAUAAUCCAAAUUCAUCCACCAAAUUUGAAUAUGCUAUAAGUAGCUUGAUCACUGAAUCACAAAACAGCUUUAACAGGCACCUGAGGUCUACUGCUGAGAAAUCUCUUUGCGGACUAAGUUCUGAAUUUAUUGAAAAUGACAAUAAUACUCUAUAUGAAGAUACAUUUUUGAAACAGAUGCAAUGCAUGCUAGAUCCACAAGAUACAAUUUUUUUGGAAGAUAUUAAACCAUUUGUGAUGGCUGAAAUAAAUAAAGCUUUACAAAUAGGUGAGUACAAACAAACCUACCACAUAGGUGAUGAAGGUAUUGGUAUGGAUAAUAUUUAUGAAUUUCAAAAUUACAAUCCAAAUGCAGAUAGUGAUAACUAUAAACAUGAAGACUAUUCUACUGAAGAGAUUUACUCUGGAGUAAAUAAUAUUGUACAAAGAGAUUAUCAGAGAUCUAAAAGUGUUGAACCUUGCACUGAUAACUAUAGAGAUUAUGACGAUGACCCAUCACAUUAUGAAGAUCCUAAACAACUUUUUGAAAGGAGAAAAAGAACAAAAAGUUUCAGUUAUCAGGACAGCAUUGUAUCUGAGACUCCCUCAUAUGGAAGAGAAACGGAAGAAAAACCUGAUAAAGAAGCAAUUAUGUCUCCGAUUCCACAUGAUUUAUUUGAUGCUAAUGCAGAACAAAUUUCAGAUGAUGAAGAUCCAUUUGCAGAACUAGACAAACAGUAUCAUGUUGCCGUAGAUCAUGAUUUCAUUGAACAAGAUGAUAUACCUAGUCCAAAACAGGUUAAUGAUUUAUACAACAGUAAUUACACAAAUGUGUUUAAAACAGAACCAUUAAUACCAGAAAGAAAAUCAAAAAACUUUGGUGAGGAAAUCAAAACACAGCCAAAAGACAUGGCCAAAUCAACCUUAAUCUUACCCAAUAUUAAUUUGCCAAUAAAGACAGAGAUAAAUUAUGAUACAUUUGAGGAACUCAAACAAGAAUCUCUAUGUUCCACUAAUGUUAAGCAUUUAGAACAAAGUGGGUACAGUACCACUUGUAAUAGUGACAAAACUAGAAAACAAAAUGAAUCUGGAUCUAAAGAAAUUACUAAAGAAGCAGAUAAAACGGAAAUCUUGGGUAACCAAAAGACAAUGUUAUCUAAUCCCCGAAAACGAUCAUCUGAUCAAAGACCAUCACAUCGUAAAGAAAAAAAGAAAAAAUCAGAAUCUAGUGUAUCUGAAGCAAGUAAGCAAAUUCUUAAUAAAAAUAUUAUAAUAAAUGUAAAUGAUUGUGCUUCUAAAGCUUCAGAGAAAUGUGAGAACUCAAAAUCUAUAUUUAAUUUAUUUUUCUCAAAAGAACAAAGUAAGGUAUCAAAAGAUAAUAACACUAUCAAGUCAAAUGAUAAAAACUAUGUAGAAAAACAUGCUAAGAGAAAAGAAACAUCAAGGAAAUCAACAGAUAAAAACAGUAAGACAACUGAAAAAAUAAAGGAUUCAACAUCAAAUCAACUCGCAAGUCCCACAGAAAAUAGCAAUAUUAAUAAUAUUUGUGACACUCCAACAAAACCAGAGAAAACUAUACUUAAGCCAAUUGAUAUGUUUAAUGAACAACCAAAAAAAAGUAAUGUAAUUCACCAAGCACAUAGAAAUACUGCACCUAUUCCAAUUCUCACUCCUAAAAGUGAGAUAACUAAAAAAAGCAAACUGAAAGGACCUUUAUGUAAACAGUUAUCAAAAAAACACAUAGGUAUUCAGGUCAUGACAAAAAUGCACACCAAACAAACACAGACACCACCUUCUAAAUGUGGCACACAAUUUUGUCAACCUAAAAAAAAAUAUUCUACAAUAUCUAUACAAACUGAUUUAUGUAUUCCUGAUAAAACUGGAAACAAAUCAAGUGAUGCAUUUGAAAGAAUGAAACAAAUUGAUUUAGAGAUACAAGUAUUACUACAAGAAAAAUUCAAAUUGUACAGCUCCAUUGAAUCCAAAGAAACUGGAACUAGCUCUAUGCAAAAUUUGGGUAUGGCAGUCUUAAAUGUGACCCCUUUCAACGAAGAUGAAGAAAAUAAAACCACAGAUGAGAUACUAUCUGAAGAUAUAAUUGUGAACGAGUUUGCGAAUAUACCUGAAGAAGAAUUGGAACAAAUAGCAUUGGAAGCUGUACAAACCCCUGUAACUGUGGUACCAAAUCAAAGAUCGCGUCGACGUAAAGUUCCAUUCGAAGUGUCUCAUUCACACAGUCCUGUUACAGUUCAAAAGAAAAAAAAACUGAAGGCUAAACCACCUAAUAUAUCUUUGAUAGAACAAAUUAUUAGAGAUGACAGACCACUGGAAGAUAUAAUAUCAUUAGAUGACUUCGAAAUACCACCAAGAAAUUCCAAAAAUAAAAACACAAGGAAUAAAAAGAGUAAAAAGAAGGCAACCAGGAUAACUUCUAAGGGUGAAGUAAAUAAACCUACAAAAAAGAAAUCUAUUAAUUUCAUAAUGAAAGAAUGCUCAGUUGUUUUAAAAAGAAUUAAUAUUACUCCGUUUCUAAAGUCAAUACAAAAACAGACACAUGAUUCUAAUGCAGAAUAUUCAAAUAAAACUGAGGAGGAUACUACUGACAUAAAUCGAAAUGGUAUAGAUCUAGAUACUAAUUUGAAUAUUGUAUAUGAAGAUGCACAGAACAUGGUCGAGGAAACUGUAGUCAAUGAUAUUCAAUUUGAUAUGUUAGAUGUAUCUGAAGAUAUUGUUGUUGGUGAUAACUGUGAGGUGAAAUCUUUAGACAAAGAAGAAACCAUUUUGAAUGAAAAUCCAGCUGUCUGUGAAGAAAUUAUAUUAGAUAACAGUCAGUCAUCCAUUGAAGACACCAUUACACCAGCUGUAGACCAGGGCAGUGAGUGUAAAAUGUAUGAUUUCUCAGCUGAUGAAAAUUUGCGCCGGGAUUCUGUCGUUGUCAGUGGAAAUGCAGAUGCAGUUCUUGCGUUAGAGUGUGUGGAAAGUAAUUUCCUAGCUGCCUGUCUUGAUGGCAACGUUUAUUACUUCAGUAAUGACGGACAGUUGUUGACCACUCUGAAAGGAUCAAACCUAGCUGUGACAUGCCUCACCAUAGUGAAAGAGAAACAUGGGACCACUGUGUACACAGGUUCCUUAGACUCCAGGAUACGUUAUUAUGAUUUAGAAACUGGCUUGGAAAAAGGGUUAGAGUGCAAUGUUUUAAGUCCUAUUCAGACAAUGGAUCGCGCGUGGGACACAGUGUUUGUUGGUACAAGAACUGGAUUUGUUUUGCAAUUUGAGUGCAAGAAUAACAUGUUAAUACCAGUUAGUUCAGUCAAAUUCUCUGACCAAUCCAUUCUGGCGCUCCGAGCCAUGAAAGAGGGUCCUCGAAAGGUCCUACUUGUUGCGGCCCGCUCAGAAAGUGUUACCAUAAAGGAUGCGCAGACAGGGCUAUUGCUGAGGACGUUGGAUGGGCCUAAGAUGACAGUGUACUCUCUGCUGUAUGAAGAUGGGAAAAUCUUCUGCGGAACCAGUAGUCAUCAAAUACAUGUUUUUGAUUAUGCUAGCGGCAGUCACGCGGGCACGCACUCGGGCGGUAAGGGCGCGGUGUGUCUGCGCGCGGUGGGCGGGCUGCUGUUCGCGGGCUGCUACGACGGCUGCGUGUACGUGUACCGAGAGGGCGAGGGCACGCCCUUCGCGCAGAUCCGCGGGCCCAGCCUCAUGCUGCUGUCGCUGGCGGUCGUCGGCAGCAAGAUCAUUGCGGGAUACAAGGACAGAAGUUUGUACAUAUGGAAGAUACCACUUUGUAUUUUACAAGAAAUGAUACUUUAAAUUAACCUGUUAAUAUGUUGUUUAGUUUACGCACCAUUAUUAUAUAGUUACAUAACUACAUAUUUUUACUUAUCAUUAAAAUGAUUUAUAACAAUGUGUAUAUAUUACCUAAACAAGUAAAGUUUUAAUAAAUGAUUUAAAUGGGUUAAAUGA